AUGACUUCCCCUGUCAGCAAGAGCCCCCUGGCCGCCUUCCUGCAGCUGUUGCGCAGCCUCGGGCAGCCCCCUAGACCAGUCACAUCAACUGCGUGCCCGCCCCCUCCGCCGCGGGACGUGCCCAUCUGCCCACUGGUGGCUCGUGGCAAAGCGCAGGACGCGACUGCCCUGCCUGGCCCCGCCAACUGGCCGCUGCUGGGCAGCCUGCUGGAGAUUCUCUGGAAAGGAGGGCUCAAGAAACAGCACAACACGCUGGCGGAGUACCACAAGAAGUACGGCAAGAUUUUCCGCAUGAAGUUGGGUUCCUUCGACUCGGUGCACCUGGGCUCGCCGUGCCUGCUGGAGGCGCUGUACCGCAAUGAGAGCGCGUACCCUCAGCGGCUGGAGAUCAAACCGUGGAAAGCCUAUCGCGACUAUCGCAACGAGGCCUACGGACUGCUGAUCUUGGAAGGAGAAGACUGGCAGAGGGUCCGGAGUGCCUUUCAAAAGAAGCUAAUGAAACCUGCGGAAAUAAUGAAACAGGACAACAAAAUUAAUGAGGUUUGCAGCCGGGCCAGCUUUCCAGGGUCUCUGGAUGAGCAUAGACAAGGCCACAUAGAAGACUUAUACAGUGAACUGAACAAAUGGUCAUUUGAGAGUAUCUGCCUUGUGUUAUAUGAGAAGAGAUUUGGGCUCCUACAGAAGAACGCAGGGGAUGAAGCUUUGAACUUCAUCAUGGCCAUCAAAACGAUGAUGAGCACUUUUGGGAGGAUGAUGGUCACCCCCGUGGAGCUGCACAGGAGCCUCAACACCAGGGUCUGGCAGGCUCACACAUUAGCCUGGGACACCAUUUUCAAAUCAGUCAAAUCGUCUAUCGACAGCCAGUUAGAGAAGUCCUCUCAGGCCCCUGGUACAGAUUUCCUCUGUGACAUUUAUCACCACAGUCAGCUUUCAAGGAAAGAACUGUAUGCAGCCGUCACGGAGCUGCAGCUGGCUGCGGUGGAGACGACAGCAAACAGCUUAAUGUGGAUUCUCUACAAUUUAUCCCGAAAUCCCCACGUGCAACAAAAGCUUCUUAAGGAAAUUCAAAGAAUGUUUCCUGAGAAUCAGACGCCCCGGGCAGAGAAUUUACGAAAUAUGCCAUAUUUAAAAGCCUGUCUGAAAGAAUCCAUGAGGCUUACUCCAACUGUGCCAUUUACAACUCGGACUCUCGACAAGGCAACUGUUCUGGGUGAAUAUGCUUUACCUAAAGGAACAGUGUUGACACUAAAUACCCAGGUGUUGGGGUCCAAUGAAGACAAUUUUGAAGACCCAAGUCAAUUUAGACCUGAGCGUUGGCUUCAAGAGAAGAAGAUCAAUCCCUUUGCACACCUUCCAUUUGGCAUUGGCAAACGGAUGUGCAUUGGCCGCCGACUGGCUGAGCUCCAGCUGCACUUGGCUCUCUGCUGGAUCGUCCAAAAAUACGAUAUCGUGGCCACUGACAAUGAGCCUGUCGGGAUAUUGCACCUGGGCAUCCUGGUGCCCAGCCGAGAGCUCCCCAUCGCCUUCCGCCAGCGAUAAGAUGCCUCAGGU